AGUUCAGUGUACAACAGCUGAUGAUAGGUCAAUCUAAUAAACAGUAAUUUUCCUAUUACAUUUUUGAUAAAUGGAUCGACUCACUCCUUUAUCUUGCAUUAGUAUGAAUACAAAUAUCGUUUAGUUUGUACGUGUUUAUAAACAGAUUCAGUGUAAAUGUUUUUUAAAUAACCUCAAAUAUAAACAAAUAGGCAAGAUGUCGGUAGAGGGCGUGAUGGUGUCGUACGACUACUCGGAAGACGACGAGGUGGCCAACAUCCUGACCGUGUCCGCGUCCGGCAUCAUGUUCUCCCACCGCUGGGUCCUCACGCACGGCUCCAUCCUGUCCCCGCUGCAGCAGGCACAGGUGAUCAGCAACGCGAAAAGACGGCCGAUCCUCAACGACGAAUUCUACGCCAACCUCCCUGAAAUAUACGUGACAUGCGAGAAGCGUAGUGAUGGUAGUGCAUACGACAGUGUUGAGAAACUGAGCAGGGAGAGGAGCGAUGGCCUCACUGACUUGGACCACAGUAGCUACCAUGUGAGAGUUCUUACGGGCAGGAUAGUCCACGCGUGGCAGUGCGGCGUUCUGGACCGGUGCGUGGACGCGAUCAUGUUCAGCUGGACGAUCGGUCACCGCGACGGCGACGUGCGAGCUCAGACGCAGCUCGGCAAAGCGCUGCUGUCUGUGUUCGUGCUGGUAGACCUUGAGAGUGGCAGAGCGAGUGCCGUGCCCCUGCGGCCGUUGUCAGAGCUGUUCGAUAUGGUGAAACCAGCGCCGGCCAGAGGCAGCGAGGUUCUGGUACAUUCCACACCGUUUGGCAACGAGGUAUUCCUAAACACAGUAACAAAGGGUUGCGUGUGCGGCGCAGUGGGCACCAGGCCGUCGCUGCUACUGACAGACUGCGCCAGCUCGCUCGGCUCCGAGGGCGGACCUGUGUACAGUGAUGCGCCAGAGUCGUCACUAGUGGGGAUGGUGGUGUGCAGCGUGUCUUGGUGGCGCGGCGAGUGGGUGGGGCUGACGCUGGCGGCGCCGCUGCGCACCGUCCUCGCGCACAAGCUGAGCGUGCCCGCCGCCGCGCCGCAGCGCGCGCCGCAGCCGCCCCGCAUCGCCGCCAUAUUGGAUCUGAUAGAUGCGUGUACGGUGCUGGUGCGUUGCGGCAACGCGUGGGGCGCGGGCGUGUACGUUGGCGGCGGUCACGUGCUCACGUGCGCACACGUUGUUAAGGACCACACAUCAGAAAAAGUCUCCGUAUACUGGCAGGGUGUAAAAGAGACGGCGAUGGUGCGUUACUCGUCCCGCGACGGGCGCGCUUACGACGUUGCGUUGGCGUACGUCGACCCGCGCCACUACGCCGGCAUCAAGGCCGCAGAGUUCUCGCACAAACCGCCGGAGAAAGGUGAGCUGGUGCUGGCGGCCGGCUACCCGUACUUCAGCGACAGCAGUGUGCCGCAGCUGCGGCCGACGGUGACGCGCGGCCACCUCAGCAACGUAUCGCCGUCCAUGCUGCAGACCACGUGCUGCGUGCAGAGCGGGUUCAGUGGCGGUCCCAUAUUCCGUCUGACUACUGACGGCGCGGCGGUGGUGGGGAUGAUAGUGAGCAACGCGCGCACGCACAGCGGCGCGACACACCCGUACGUCAACAUGGCCGCGCCCGCCGCCGCGCUGCUGCGCCCGCUCGCUGACUACAUGCGGGAUCGAGAUCAGAGCAAAAUUUCCCAACUUGGCAACAUGGAUGAGAUGAUACAGCAGCAGUGGCGGCUGCUGCCUUAUAGGUCCAAGAUAUAAUUAAGCGCUAUUUAUAAAUAAAAUAUAUUUAAUUUUGUUAAAUGUU